AUGUUCAGACCAGGAAUGCAACCAGGUAUGCCACCAAUGGGUCCACAAAGUUUCAACUUGUGGGCUGUCCAACCAGUCCCGGGCAAUUUCAUCACUUCAUGCCCACAAUGUGUCUAUGCUCUCCCACCAUCCAUCAGAGGGACAUGGUGGUUCCCAUUGCUUUCUUCAAUUGGAAUUGAUCAGUACCAAAGAAUCUACAUGUGGUUCAUGGGCGUCGACAGAGACAGGAGUGGAACUCUUGAGAUCAAUGAAUUGAUGCAGGGCCAAUUCCCGGGCAACAUUAAGUUGAGCCCAAAGACCGCUUUGAGAAUGAUGAGAAUCUUCGAUACUGAUUUUAACGGACACAUCUCAUUCUACGAGUUCAUGGCAAUGUACAAAUUCCUCGAAAUGUCAUUCAACUUGUUCUUGAUGAACGAUAGAAACAGAUCGGGUACUAUGGAACCACACGAAAUUCAACCAGCAUUGCAACAAAUGGGAUUCUUCAUCCAACCAAGAACAGCUGUUUUGUUGCAUAGACUUUUCUCUCUCGGAAUGGCUGUCUGCGAUGUUAACUGCUGGGUCGCUAUCUGCGCGUUUGCUGCACAGUGCAGAAGCUCAUAUCAAAUGCUCUUCAUGAAUCCAUACUACGGACAAAUGAAACCAUUCAACCCAGUCGAAUUCGGUAAAUUCCUCGACAUCAUCACUGCCUUGUUGGAAUAA